UUUCUAUAAAACUACAAAUCAAAAUGUAUAAAUCUGUAACAAUUUUUUAUGCGAUUUUUACAUGUUCAUCUUUUGCUUUAUCAAUUUCGAAAGAAAAUGAUAUAAAAGUGAUAGUUGAUGUAAUUCAAUCUUUCAAUAAACCAUCUGAUGUCAUUUCAAAUGUAUGCUGGACAAAUACUACUAUAAAGAAAUUAACAAUAACUCUGACACAAGCAAAUAAUCCAAGAUCUAUAAAAUUUGUAAAUGCCUUACAUGAUAACGAUCUUGUUUAUCCAGAAAAGAUUAUAUUUUUGAUAGACGUCAGUUGCAAAGAAACUAAAGAGUUUUUAAAUGAAGCUGCAUCACGAAAAUAUUUUGGGAGACCUCAUAGAUGGUUUAUAAUUAACAGACCAGCAAACGAAGUCAGCGUACCUCUUGAAAUAGAUAACAUGCAUAUGCUACCAGAUUCUGAAGUUUAUGUCAUGCAGUUAAUAAAUAAUAGCUACAGCAUUAAUUUGAUAUACAAAAUACAGCCAAACCGUGAAUGGAUAAUCGAAAACUACGGUAACUGGUCAACCGACAACGGUCUCACCAUUUCAAGACGCGCCGAGGAGGUGGCGUUAGUCAUGAGACGGAGGGAUCUUGGAAGGGCCAGCAUCGUCACGUCCAUGGUGAUUAGUGACAACGGCUCCUUUGCCGAUUUGGAGCACUUACAAUAUAAGCAAAUAGACACAGUCGCAAAAAGCGGCUACCACCAGCUGACUGCACUCUACGAGUUCAUGAACGCGACCAGAGAGUUUAUCCUUACGGACCAAUGGGGAUAUCGCGUCAACGGGACUUGGCAUGGAAUGGUUGGACAUUUGGCUGACGGAACAGCAGAGAUUGCAGGCGCAGUACUGUUUAUAACGAAAGAACGUAUGCCGCUUGUAGAAUACAUGUCUCACCCCAUGGCAUCGUCGAUCAAGUUUUUAUUCCGGGAGCCGCCACUGUCCUAUCAGAAUAAUUUGUAUUUGUUACCGUUUCAUGCUUCUGUAUGGUAUUGUAUAGGGUCAUUUGUGAUGGUCCUGAUUGUUGCCAUGUACAUUAGUGCAUAUUGGGAGGCGAAGAAGGUUGCGGAAGAGCAGAAAGCCGAAGAUACAACAGUCUUGGUUCCAACUAUAAGCGACGUGACUGUUUUUGUGAUGUGCGCUAUUUCUCAGCAAGGAAGCACGGUGGAGCUUAAGGGUAUGCUAGGCCGCUUCGUGAUCCUAAUCCUAUUCCUAGUAUUCCUCUUCCUCUACACGGCAUAUUCUGCAAGCAUCGUGGUUCUGCUGCAAGCUAGUUCCAACCAAAUACGUACGCUCACUGAUUUGCUGAAUUCCAAACUGGAGCUUGGGGUUGAAGAUACGCCUUAUAAUAGAUACUGGUUUAUGAAUGAGAAAGAACCAAUAAGACGAGCAAUUUACGAGAAAAAAAUAGCUCCGAGUGGAUCAAAACCCAAGUUCUUUGAUCUGACUGAAGGAGUACUCCAGCUACAAAAGAAACCAUUUGCCCUCAACUGUAACUUGGGAGUGGCAUACAAAGUGAUGGAGAAAUAUUUCUACGAGCAUGAAAAAUGUGGACUUCAGGAAAUUUCAUAUCUACAGGAUAAUAAUCCAUGGCAAGCAGUUAGAAAAGGGUCACCUUAUAGGGAGAUUUUUAAGAUAGGCCUGCUCAGAAAUGCCGAGUUCGGCCUGAACGACCGCACCAACCGGAUCAUGUACUCCAAGAAACCGGUCUGCUCCGUCCGCGGAGGCAGCUUCGUAUCUGUGUCACUCGUCGACUGCUAUCCUAUUCUACUGCUUCUUCUGUAUGGGAUGAUACUAGGAGUGGUGUUGCUGCUGGUUGAAAUAUUGCAUCAUCGAAAGAUUUUGCACACGCGACCUUGUGGGGGUGGAAAUAAUCAGAGACUACUUGUAGACACCACACCUCGGUCUGAGCUUGCUGACUAUUAA